CACGUGUCCCGAUUCCAACCAACGGCUCAGAUGCACCGGAGACACCCCAGUCGAUGGACAGCAACAGAAAGGGCACAACAGAAAAGCAAAAUGACAACUUCACCCUUCCUCACUUCCCACAGGGGAUAAGUGCGGACGAACAGCUUCCUCUUUCCUCCUUGCGGAUGAACAGAUUCCUCUUUCCUCUCCCAAACCCCCGCCACUACACUCUCUCUCCUCUCCUACGCUUUCUCUCUCUUUCUCCCAUCGAUGGAUUCACUCACUCUGUUUUGUACGGCGGCGCUUGUUGCUGGCGGCCUCUACUGGUUCGUCUGCAUUCUAGGCUCUGCCGAGCAAAAGGGGAAGCGGGGUGUUGAUCUCUCCGGCGGUUCCAUCGCCGCCGAGAAAGUCCGCGACAACUACAAGCAGUACUCGUCCUUCUUCCGCCGCCCCAAAGAGAUCGAAACUGCCGAGAAGGUUCCAGAUUUCGUCGACACCUUCUACAACCUCGUCACCGAUAUCUACGAGUGGGGAUGGGGCCAGUCCUUCCACUUCUCACCCUCCGUGCCCGGCAAGUCCCACCGCGAAGCCACGCGCCUCCACGAGGAGAUGGCCGCAGAUCUCAUCUCCGCCAAGCCUGGCCAACGAAUCAUCGACGUCGGCUGCGGCGUCGGGGGCCCUAUGCGCGCCAUAGCGGCCCACUCGCGCUCUAAUGUCGUCGGCAUCACGAUCAACGAGUACCAGGUGAACCGCGCGCGUGCCCACAACAGGAAGGCCGGGCUGGACUCGCUGUGCGAGGUCGUCUGCGGGAACUUCCUGGAGAUGCCGUUCGCCGAUGCCAGCUUUGACGGCGCGUACUCGAUCGAGGCGACUUGCCACGCGCCGAAGCUCGAAGAGGUUUACGCCGAGAUCUUUAGGGUUUUGAAGCCCGGAUCACUGUACGUUUCGUACGAGUGGGUCACCACUGACAAGUUCGUCGCCGGCGACGCUGAGCACGUGGAGAUCAUCCAGGGGAUCGAGAGGGGGGACGCCUUGCCGGGGCUGAGGAGCUAUGCUGACAUCGCCACGACGGCGAGGAAAGUGGGGUUCGAGGUGCUGAAAGAAAGGGAUCUGGCGGCACCGCCGGCGAACCCGUGGUGGACCAGGCUGAAGAUGGGGCGCAUCGCCUACUGGCGCAACCACAUUCUCGUCACCGUGUUCGCCGCCCUGGGGAUCGCGCCGAAGGGUACCGUCGACGUUCACGAGAUGCUGUUCAAGACCGCCGAUUUUCUCACCAGAGGCGGCGAGAGUGGAAUCUUCAGUCCGAUGCACAUGAUCCUCUGCAGAAAACCGGCGACGUCGCCGUCGUCUUGAAUCGAGAUUGAUUUUGAGGUACCCACCUCGUUGGCCGUCUACUUAUCUUCUUCGUUCCCUCCCUAAUGGUUUAAUCUUCAAUUAGGGUUUUUAAUUUACUCUCUUUUUUUUCUGGGUUAAAAAUUAAUGUCGUCUUCUUUCGGUAAUCAAUUUCAUGGUUGGAUCUUGAUUUAUUUCUGUAAUGUUGUCUUAUUAUGAUUAAAUUAUUGUUAUUUUAUUA